AUGCAAGAGGUGCUAUACCUAUUCCAUCACGUCUUUCUCCCUCCGAAAAUACCACAGGAAGAAGAAUAUUGUGCCGACCAUGAGAUGCUGCUGAUUGAGGUUGUUCUCGAUGCUCUUCGCAGUUUCGGGGUCUUUCUUCCUGCUAAAGAUGCUGAUACCUUCAGCCUGGUUACAGAAGCAUUUCUUCAGGUCCGACAGAUACACAGCCGGGAUGGUGGAGUAGAUGAAGUGGAGCUUAAAAAAGCUCUAGGACGCCUGGUCAAAGGCGGAUUCCUUUCAAUCCACGUCCGACAACAGAAUGCCGGUAUUCUAAUCAGCCAGAAGGGUGAUACAACUCAUGUCGAGAGUUUCGAGCUAUCCCCUACGAACACAGCUGUUAUGUCGACCCAGGGUCGACUUCAACGUACCUUUCCAGGGCCUGCUUUAGCUUUGGAUACCAGAGUUUUCAAUGAAGCCAAUCUGCUCAAUAUGCUGGCCCAGACAAUUGCCCGUAUGAGCCAGCAACCCGUUGCAGGUACAAAGCCGAAAGUUCAAAAGGCAAAACAAAAUCAUGACGAGGACAGAGACACCACCGACCCCAAAAUGGUCACCGAAUUCCUCAUGGCCACCCUUCGGCCGCUUUCAACGGAUGUCACAGACAUGCAAAUUCAGAAACAUACUCGUGAAGAAGUCAUGUGGCACAAUUCACGUUACCCUUGGCGCCGUUCGGCCUUGUGGCUUCUCCUUCGCGUCACUCUGCAGCUUUCCUUUUGCCGUUCGUCGAAUGGUCAACGAGCGCAUGAGCUGUACAAAUCGUUCAUGAUAUUUCUCAUGAGCUCUGUCAUAGAAAAAGCAUCAAGUAUAGCACCUGGUGAGGUACUAUACCUCAUGGCUGCCAAGGCUAUUCGUCGAUUAUGGAAGCUCGAGUUUGCCGAUGAACCGGCUUGGUUCGCUUCGGUCCAGUUGAUUCUCAAUCAGGUGAGCGACAAAACGCAAUCGGGAUGGCAACGAAUCAUGGAUCAAAAGAGUUGCCAAAUCGAUCUUGACAUUUUGACCCAUUUGGACUUUAUAAAGGACACCGAGGGUGAUUUGCCUCGGCUUGAUCAAUAUCUGGCAGAUAUUGGACAAAGAAUUGGGCAAAGUUCCCUAACGUCUUUUCAACGAUCGUCACAGGUCAUCUCAUUUGAGCCAGAAAAGCUGCCCAUGGGGCUUAAUUCCUGCAAUUCUGAAUUUCUCGUCCAAAACUUGUGUGUCUUUGAAGACUGGGUUGAGUCCUAUCUCGACACUUGGAUGAAGGACCAUCUCGAAGACGCUGGAACGUGCGGGAAGCUGGGUCGCCUGAUCUCCGAGUAUCGUGAGUUGGCGUCAAAAGAGUACCAACACAAUCCUGAAGCUACUUCAGUCAUGAUGCUCACCCUGCUAGAGCUGUGGAUUGCGUGCGACAAAUCAGCCAUUCACGCUCAUCGACACUUAGAGGAUUAUGACCCUUAUAUACCUGUCACCUUGUUCAACUCACUUUUGCUCCCUUUCAAUUCACAAAUGAAGAGGCUUUAUAUUGCUGAAUUGUAUCUGAAUCAACGUCAGAGCCAUUCAAAAUACCGUGGAUCUGGUAUUUUCCACGACUUUGGAACUGAAACCUGCUUCUCUGUCCGGCAUUUCGACCAGUCUGAUGAGCACCAGCAGCUAUUCCAAAGAAUUGAGGAGCAAGCAACCCGUGCAAGAAGCCAAAAGAUAACAGAACUGGCGGAGAAAAAGGCAAUAUCUUUGACAUUUGACAUUUUCAAAAUUUGUACGAUAUCAAUUUGA